AUGGCGAGGCCGCGUCCGUCGCAACAAAGGCGCGCUGCGGCAUCCGCGGCAGCAGCGAGCAAGCUCAGGGCGGUCCGCCGCUCCGUCCCCCUGAAAGCCUCCGCGGCGAGUCGCUCCGGUCUGCGGAAAGCCGCCGCGGCGUUAGCAGCGCGCAGCGCGGGAAGGACGAGGGCGGGGGCGGGAAAGACUCCCGCCAAGACACCCCGGACUCCCGCGAAGAAGCUUCCGACCAAAGCCACACCAGGCAAGUCGACCACGGGAAAAGAGACCCCAGUCAAGGCGGCCAAAGCCAAGGCGACCCCCGCCAGAAGGUCCGGGGCUCGCCGGCAGGCCGCUCAGGCCAAUGGCGCGCGCGCAUCUGCAGGGAAGGCUCGGGCGAUGCGCAAAGCCGCCACGCCUGCGGCGGCGAAGGCGGCGCCAAAAUCGGAGCCAAGGAAGCGAGCGAGGCGCGAGGCUCUGGCGGAGGAGACCGAGGAGGAGGUGGAGGAGGUGGCGGAAGUGGCGGAAGAGGCGGAAGAGGCGGAAGAGGCGGAAGUGGCGGAAGUGGCGGAGGUCGCGGAAGUGGCGGAAGUGGUGACAGCGGUGGGAGAAAGUGGCGGGCGGCGGAGGAGCCUGCGCGCGCACAAGUCUCCCGCCUUCUACCAAGUGGCGGAGUGGCGCUCGCCCGCCGCGCGCAGGGCAGGUCGAUCCGGGGACUCGUCGGACGAGGAGGAGGGGGACGCCGACGAGGAGGGGGAGGGGGAAGACGAGGAGGAAGAGGACGGGGAAGACGCGGAGGAGGACGAGGAUGGCGGGAAGCCGGGCAAGGGAAGGAAGCGAGCGCGCGGUCGAGCGGGGGGAGGUGCUGGCGCGCUGGUGAGGGUCAGGGGAGGAGUGAAGGUCAAGGCAGGGCGAGCGGUGAAAUUGGUCAAGGCGGCGAAGGCGGCGAAAGCGGAGAAGAAGUUUCUCGGGCGCGGGAAGAUGAAGCUAGUGGAUGUAUCCGCGCAGCACCUCCGCGCAUUGAACGCCGUGCGCGACCCCAUGGCGCAUGCGCACCCCGCCUCUGUCGAUACCUCCUGCUGCACGCGCUGCGCGAGCCGCGAGGCGUUCCGCGCGGUGCGCACGCGCAGCGCGGCGCUGCUGGCGGCCGUGCUGGCGCGCUCCGCGCGCGCGAAAGUGGCGGACCCGCACCUGGAGUGGUCCGCGGAGUGCCACGUGGACCCGCUGCGCGCGGCGCUGCUGGCGGGGGAGGUGCGGCUGGCGCGCAUGCUUCUACUGGACCGCGAUAGGCAGGAGGCGAACGGGCUGCUGGGGGGAUCGGGCGGGGGAGGCGCGGGGGAAGAAGCGGUGACGACCAAGGAUCAGUCCGGCGAGAAGCACGCGGCAGCAAAGGACAAGCCAAGCGCAGCAGAGAAAGCACAGAAGCCGGAGAAGGCGGAGAAGGCGGAGGAGAACCGCGUGGUAACCGCGCGCGCGCGCCUGCCGCUGUCGUCCCUGGCGAGCAUCGGCACGGGCACCAAGUCGUUCUACAUGCUGGGGUCCGCCACGCGUCAGCUCGAGGCCAGCCGCGGCGGCAAGGAGGGCAACAACGCCUUCCUCAGCGACCCGCUCCCGCGCGCCGACUCCUUCCGCGACUACUUCUCCUUCGCCGCGCAGCGCUCGUCCGUCGCCGCGCUGCAGAUGAUGGCGGCUACCCCCGACCCCUCCGCGGAAGGGUAUCUCAAGCCGCGCGACCCCGCGCACCCCGUGCCGUCGCGCAUCGCGACCUGCCUGGAGCUCGCGGGGAGCGGGUUGGUCUACGAAGCCGCGGAGGCGGGGAAUCUCCCCGCGGCGGCGCACCUGCUGAAGCUGUGCCGCGGCGCGGACGGAACGGGGGACUCUAGCUACGGAUUCAACGCGGUUCACGAGUUCGCCGUGGGUCCCGCGGACGGGAAGCUUCCCGCGGACGUGCGCGGGAUAUCCGUGCUGAAGCACGCGGGGUGGGGGAACCAGCAGGUGACCCCCGUGCACCUCGCGGCGCUACAGCCGGACGCGCGCGCGCUGAAGCAGCUAGUGGCGCGCGCGGGGCCGCUGGCGCUACAUGUGGCGGACGGCAAGGGGCGGAAACCCAUCCACUUCGCGGCGGUGGCGGCGGGCAGCGCGGCUUGCCUGGAGUGGCUGGUCAGCCAGGGGGUGAGCGCGAGCGAGAAGGACCGCCAGGGGCACACGCCGCUCCGCCGCGCGCUCGCGUUCGGGCGCCCGCACACCGCGCGCCUGCUGCUGCCGAAACCAGCCUUGCCAGCCGCAGGGGGCGACAGCGGCGCUGCUGCUGCGGCGGACGAGGAGGAGGAAGACGCGGAGGAGGCAAGCAGGGGAAAAGCGAGGAGAGGCAAGGCGGGAGCACCCGUGAGCGUCGCAGACCUAGUCCUCAACUCUCCCCUGGACAAGCGCACGCCACAGACUCUCAUGCACCUCACAGCCUGGGAGUGUCUCUACAUGCCUCCCACCGUCGCCGCAGAAAUCAUAGAGCUUCUCAUACGCGGAGGAGGAGACCCUCUGGUUCCCUCCAAAGAUAAGAAGCUCACCACGCUGCAUAUUCUCGCUGCGCUGGGGCUAGAGGAGGCGGUGGAGAGGGUUCUCUUGGUGGUUGCGGCAGGGGGUGAUGGGAGAGGAGACGAGGAGGCGCGCGUGGUGAAGCUGCUGCUGACUCCCGACAAGCUCGGGCGCAACGCGCUGGUCGUCGCCGCGCGCAACUCGCAGUUUUCCGUGCUGCGCGCGCUCCUGCGCCGGGGAGUCCCCCCCGACAGCGCGGACUCGAGCAGCAACACGGCGCUGCACUACGCGUGCGCGUACGGGUGCAGGGGCGCGCUAGAACUCCUCCUAGCCGCGGGUGCGGACCGUGACCGGCUCAACAUGUGGAAGCUGUCGGGGCUGUUUCUGGCUGUGCUCAAAGGGCACAUGGGUAUCGCCACGGCUCUCCUCUCCUCCCCCUCUGCUGCUGCUGCUGCGGCGGAACAGCAGCAGCAGCAGCAGCCUGCAGCCCUUCCUGCUGCGCCUGUGCCGCUGCUGCUGGCGGGUGAUGCUGACGAGCAAAUGGAUACCGAGGGAGGCGAAAAGGGGGAAGGGGGAGAAGGGGGAGAGAAAGCGAGCCAAGCGGCUCCCUCCUCCCCCUCCGCUGCUGCUGCUGCUGCUGCUGCUACUGCUGUGCCGAGCGGAGCAGUGAACGCAGUGGACAGCGACGGCAAGUCUCUGCUGCACCAUGCUGUGACUCUCAAACAGGCGGACCCCACCCUGUGCCUCUCCCAGGUCACCUUCCUCGUCUCCCACGCCAUUUCCGCUGCAACCAAAGACGCCCGCGACGGCCAAACCGCUCUGCACCUCUUUGCAUCGCUCCGCCCCAUCUCCCGCCUGGACGCGCGCAUCACUGUAGCCAUUCUCUCCGCGCGCGGCGCGGAUGUGGACGCGGAGGACGGCGAGGGGCGCACGGCGCUACAGCUGGCCGCGGAGCAGCUCAACGUGCGCGUGCUGCGCGCGCUGCUCCGCAGCCCCACCUGCCGCGCCGCCCUCACCCACCGCGAUCGCCACGGCGUCACCCCUCUGCUGGCCGCGCUGCGCUGCGAGGCACCCCAGUUCACUGAGAACGAUCUUGCUAACGGUUACCGCGGGUGGUGGGGGCGGAAACCCGUGGAGCAGGUGGAUAAGGAGGUGCAGAAAUCAGUGGACGAGUAUUACCGCCGGUGGGGGGUGUUUUGUCCAAGGCAGCGGGCUGCUGUGGCACUGCUGCUGCGCGCUGCUGUGGAUCGCGCGGUGACGGCCGAAGCGGAAGCGGCGGCAGGGUUGGUGGAGGAGGGAGAGGCGGGGUUUGACUGGGGGUGGGUGAACGCGCAGACGAAGGAGGAGGGUGACUCGGCAUUACACCUGGCGCUGCGGGCGUGCGAGCCGGCAUCUCUCCUGCGGCUGCUGCUACAGCCGGAUGUGCGGGCACAUGUCGCGCUCAACCUGCGCAACAAGGCGGGUGUGACACCCCUCGCUGCCGCAGUCACGCGCGCCCUCCAGAACCCCCACAGCGCAGCGGAGCGCUAUGUGAAGCAGGCGCGCAGGAUGAGGGACCAGGAGUAUCCCGAGCUUAAAGGCUCGAACCCCUUCCGCCGUGCCGCGCAGGGGGAAGCCGCGCCUGGGGGAGGAGCUGUAGGGGAGGCUGGUGCGGGGGAGGGUGAGGGGGAAGCUGGCGGUGCAGGGGGCACAGGGAUGGGAGAGGCGCAGGCGGGGAGCCAGCAGGGCGCGCUCGCGGUUGCGAUUCCUGAGACGCCUGAGACGCCUCUGAACAAAGCGGGGCAGUCCUCUCAGGGUGCAGCGCAGAGGGAUUUCGUGGAGUGUGUGGAUCUGCUGCUCAAGGCGGGUGCUGACGCGCACGCGCACGCAGUGGCCCGCGUGCGCAGAACCGUGCGUUACAUCGUGAGGAGCACCGAGGUCAAGGAGGCACUGCGAGACAAGGCACUGAGCAAAGCGGAGCAGGAGGAGAGCGUGGGGCGAGUGCAGGGACACGUGGUGCUACGCGUGGAAGGGGAGAGCGUGGAGGUACAGAGAUCGCUCGUCUCACUCCUCAUGGCUAAUACCAGUGCCGCCGGUCUGCCUGCGCCUGUGCGCGACCGCUGCAUUCGGAGGCUGCUGACGGCGGGGGCGCCUGUGGAUGCGGGGUGUGAGGAGGACGGAUCGGCUCUGCACGUGCUGGCCGUGGUGAUGGGUGCUCGUGACCCCCUGCCGCUGCUGGAGCUGCUGGCUGCUGCUGGCGAGCAGAAGCACAAGCACAAGGCCGGGCAGCAGCAGCAGCGGCAGCAGCAGGAGGGCGGGGAGGAGGCGCAGCAGCAGCAGCAGCAGCAGCAGUGGCGGCCGUUGCUGGCAGAGCUGGCGUGCAAGGCGAACCAGGAGGGGGACGUGGCGUUCCUGUCUAUUAUCGAGAGAGCCCUGCAGCUCAACCUUCCCUCUGACAAGGACGCGGGCCCCUCCAAAAAGAAACCAGCCAAGCAGUACCAGCUCACCCGAGAGGCCUUCCUGCUCUUCCUCUCUCGCUUCCUGCAACUCUGCCAGCAGGACAUCAACGCAAGCAAGGCCGCCCCGCGCCUGCGAACCUGGGGGAACGUGGACCCAGCAGUCAUCCCCAUCAUCUCCGCCAGAGCACAGCCUAGCCUGGGCUUCACCGCUCUGCACCUCACUGCUCGCGCGGGGGGAAACGCGCUGUGGCUGCUGUCGUGGCUGCUGCAGCAGAAGGGGAUGGAUCCGCUGCGCUGCACUGCCAAAGGCUCCACUGCCCUUGCUUGUCACCUGCAGCAGGCGGGUGGUGGUGGUCGGCAGGUGGAGGCGUCGGCUGUCACGGCCGGCAGGGCGGGCAUUCUCAGCGAGGCCUUCGAGGUGGAGAAGGCUCUUCUCGACGCCGGCGCUGACGUGGCAGCGCGGGACGAGGACGGGCGCAACGUGGUGCACCUCGCGUUUGUGCGGCUGGGGGAGCGGCACGUGGAGGCAGCGGGAGGCGGGUCGCACCGGGCUGCAGGAGAAGAGCCGAUCGAGCUGCUCAGCAUGCUCUGUGCUGCCGUCACUGCCGCCGUUGCUGCCGCUGCCGCCGGUGCUGCUGGUUCGACGCCAGGGUUGGCAAGCGGAGGGGGAGGGGGAGGAGGAGUGGAGGCUGUGAUUGAUGCAGCGGACCGGUUCGGACGCACCCCGCUGAUGUACGCGUGUGAGGCGGGCGCGCAGAUCUGCACCAACUUCCUCGUGCGGCGGGGGGCGGCGCUGACACGCACAGAUGAGGACGACAACGGGGUGUUUCAGCUGGCUCUGCUUGCUGCACAGCUGCCUGUGUGUAUCAACCUGCUGGACCAUGCUGGAGUGGAUAUUCACCUUCCUGCUACCAACUAUCGGAAGUUUCCCGACAAGGGGUGGAACGGGCUCGCUUAUCUCAUGCUCGACCGCGGGGUGGACCUCCUCACUGCCACCCACGACUGCCUCGCCAGCAGCCACUUUUCCCUGCUGCUCACCCUCCUGCGCCGCGCGCCCCCCGCCGCGCUGCAAGCGCUACAACCCGUGUCUGGGAGAACAGUGUUCCACCAGCUGGCCCGCGUGCACCACCAGUCUUCCUUCUGCCUGAACUGGCUGCUCACCAUUCUGCAAGUCAUUGAGGCCGCGCUGUCGGGACCGGGAGUCACCGGGCCGGCGGGGGAGAAUGUGAAUGUGAAUGUGAAUGUGAAUCCGAUCCGCGCGCUGCUGUGCACGAGGGACGUGCUGGGGCAGACGCCGCUGCACCUGGCGUGUGCGGGCGCCGUCACACCGCUUGUCCAGUGGCUGCUGCCAAGGGGAGACCCCGCUCUUGUGAACGCGUGCGACGCCGUGGGCUCUGCUCCCCUGCACCGCGUGCUAGGCUGUGCGGUGUUGCACAGGAAGGGAGGGGGGAAUGGUGCUGGUGCUGGUGCUGGUGCUGGUGGUGAUGUGCUGCUACCGGAUGUGUACCGGCUGCUAUGCGCGGGGGCUGAUCCGAACUUGGGGCGCCAGGCAAAGCUGUCUCCUGACCUGACCGCCCUUGCCACUCACAGUGGCGGUGGGCCGGACAUCGCUGGUGGUGGUGGUGUCGGCGGCAGCGGCAGCGGCGGCGUGGUGCAGCAGACGGUGCGGGCAGCACUGCGCGCUGAGGUGCUGCCGGAGGCGCAGGCGCUGCGCAAGGUGUGCACCCUGCCGGCCAUAAUGACUGCCGUGCGGCGCCGGGACCACCGACUAGUAGAACUGUUGCUGCGCUUUGGAGCCAACCCCAACCAGUGGGACGCCACCGGUGCAACGGCGCUCACACACGCGGUGAGGAGCAACGACCUCCGCAUGAUCACCGUGCUCAUGGGGGCGAAAUGGACCCCCCCGGUGCUGACGCGCGAGGAGGAGGCUGCCAGCUCAGCGCUGUGCAGGAUGACGGUGCCAGCUGGCAUGGUGAUCCGCCGUGUAGGUGUGGAUCUGAACCUGGCUCCGCCGCCCCUUGCGCGGUCGGCAUACCAUGCAGCAGUGGCUACUUUUGGCCCGUUUGAGCCGUCGUAUGAGAACGCUCACCUGCUGAAGGUGCUGCAUCAUCUGGUGGUGCAAGGGGAGAAGGGGGCUGCGGAUGGUGCGGGGGAUGAUGCGAGGCCCGUGGCGUUCCGGUGGGAAACGAAGGACGGUGGGGAACACACGGUGUGGUACGAUGCAGCUGCUCAGUCGUCAGGGGUGAUGCUGGAUGCUAUCAAGGCGCUCAUGAAAGGAGGCGACGCAGCAGACAAUGCGGCAGACAAUGCGGCAGGCGAUGCAGCAGGUAAUGCAGCAGGUAAUGCAGCAGGUAAUGCAGCAGGUAAUGCGGCAGGUAAUGCGGCAGGUAAUGCGGCAGGUAAUGCGGCAGGUAAUGCGGCAGGUAAUGCGGCAGGUAAUGCGGCAGGUAAUGCGGCAGGUAAUGCGGCAGGUAAUGCGGCAGGUAAUGCGGCAGGUAAUGCGGCAGGUAAUGCGGCAGGUAAUGCGGCAGGUAAUGCGGCAGGGGAGGAUACAGCAGGUGCUGCAGGCGCUGUGGCGACGACCGAUGGCGGUGAGCUGGGGGGGGAGUUCGAGGCAGAGAUAGCAGCAGGCCGAGCGGACGCGCGGAAAGCCGCGGAGGCAGCAGGGCGGUGGCUGACGGAGGGCAGUGCGGGGGUGCGGGAGGGGCGGGUGGUGGACGUGGCAGCAGAUGCGAGGGUGAUGCGCGUGGAGUGGGAUUCCAAGAUGGAGGCGGCAGCACAGGCGUGUGGCGCGGAGGUGGACGAGCAUGCAGGGGACCUGCGUGCCACGUGUGUUGUGCUGCGGGAAGAGCCGCGACCUGCAGCUGGUGAUGGUGGUGACGGCGGUGAUGGUGGUGGUGAUGGUGGUGGUGGUGGUGGCAGCGGUGGUGGAGGAGCAAGCGGAGGAGGAGGAGGAGACUAUUCGGUGCUGAUGACGCGGACCGAUGUGGAGUACGGGCGGUAUGGUUUCCACAACUUCUACAAGAUGCAGGUACUGCACAGCACCGCACAGGACCUUUACAUCCUGUUCAACCGGUGGGGCCGCGUGGGGGACGAGGGGGAGCACCAGCAGACGCCCAUGGCGUCAAGAGAGGAAGCAGUGAAAGAGUUUGAGAAGAUCUUCAAAGCUAAGUCUGGAAACGACUGGCAGAGUUUGAGUCGCGGGGAGUUCCAGCCUAAGGUGGGGAAAUAUACUCCCGUGCGCGCCCGGCCUAAGAGCAAGAAGAAGGCGGGGAAGGGCGAUGGAAAUGCAGGAGGCGAUGGCGACGGGGAAGGCGAGUCGAGGAAGAUUCCCAAGGGCCAUGUGGAUGAGGAGGUUGAGCUGGCGCGGCGCCUGGGUGCAGUGGACACUUACCUGGCGUUCGGGGACUUGACCGAUGAGGCACUGGAGAAAGGGCGCGCAGUGCUGGAGCAGAUGGGUGCUCUGGUCCCUAAGUACGAGGCUGCGGGGAAGAUUGUGGAUUUGCUGGUGGCGAAGCAGCAGCAGAUGAUGUUUGAGGAGGACGGGGAGGAGGGGGACGAGGAGCAUGGGGCAGUGGAGGGUGGAGUGGAGGAGGGCUCUGAGGAUGGGUCUGUGGGUGGCGCAGCGAGGAAGCGAGCCAAGAGGCGCCGCGUGGGGGAGGCCGAGGAUGGCAGUUGGCAGGGAGUGGAUGGAGAUAAGGAAGGGGGGGACGGGCAGAUGGAGGUGGAGGGAGGUGAGGGAGGUGAAGGGGGGGGAGGUGGGGGAGAGGGCGGCGGGAACGCGACCGCGCUGGUGGCAGGGGUGAGCAAGGAGGGCAAGGGCGGCAUAAGCAGCAGCAGCAAGCAGCUGGCGCGGGAGCGCAUCGCAGAGGAGAUAUGGGCAGCGCAGGAGGAGCGGCGGGGCAUCAGCGAGCAACUCGUGCAGCACAGCAACGAGUUCUACCAGCUCGUGCCGUCCCCGCAGCACACGCGCUCGCGCAUCCACUCCAUCACCUCCCGCCAGGACCUGCUCUCUCUCCAGGCCCUCCUCUCCAGCCUGGGAGAACUCCAGCUCGCACUCAAGAUGCUCAUCGGCGCGCGCCGCCAGCUGUCGGAGGCAGCAGCCAGACGGCGAGCAGCCGUGCAUCCGUUGGACUACUGCUACCUGGGGUUGGGGACGGAUAUGAGACGGCUGGACCCGCAGAGCCAGCUGUGGCGCGUGCUCGCGCGGUAUGUGUACCGGUCGGCGUCGGCACGCCGGGAGGAGAUCGAGGUGUACGAUGUGUUUGCGGUGCGGCGGGCGGGCGAGAGGGAGCGGUUUGACGCGCUGCUUGAGGACGUGCGUGCGCACCGGCAGCUGCUGUUCCACGGGUCGUCUGUGGCUAAUUUCUGCGGGCUGCUGAGCGGCGGGCUGCGCGUGGCUCCUCCCGAGGCGGACGUGACAGGGUAUGCCUUUGGCAAGGGCAUCUACUUUGCGGACCAGUUCCAGAAGUCCCUGGGGUACUGUGAUACGGCUGCUCAGCACAACCUCAGGCAGCAUGGCCACUGGAGGAGCGGCUAUCAUUCCGAGGAGGAGGCUGGAGAGGAGGAGGAGGACGGGGAGGAGGACGGGGAGGGGGUGGGGAGUGGGCAAGCUAUGAAGCAGACGCGGUGCCUGCUGCUGUGUGAGGUGGCGCUGGGGCAAUCGCAGGCCGUGUCAGAGGCGACUUACAUGGAGGAGCCACUGCCAGGGUCCCACUCUACGUUUGCCAUUGGGAGAACCACCCCCGACCUCUCCCAGUGCCUCUGGACCCCUGAUGGUUGCUGCAUCCCUGCAGGGCCCAUCAUCAGCCAAAGGGAGAUGCAGGCAAACAAGGCAGCGCGGCCGGAGGAGUAUGCUCGUGUGUGCAGGUUUAUUACUCCGCCAGAAAAGGGCUUUACCUCGUGUGUGGAGAGGAACGAGUAUGUGGUGUAUCGUGAGGCGCAGGUUCAGAUGCGCUACCUGCUGUGUGUUGGGCCUCCGAGAAGCAGGAAGAUUGGGAGGAAAGGCAAGUAG